CGGGAGGGGGUGGGGCAGGACCUGCUACUCACAAUGGCCAUAUCACAGUUCCGGCUAUUUAAAAUUUGCACUUGCCUUGCAGCUGUGCUCUCGUUCUUUAAGAGGUUAAUAUGCAGGUCUGGGAGAGGACGGAAGUUAAGUGGAGACCAGAUCACUUUGCCCACUGCUGUGGAUUAUUCAUCUGUUCCUAAACAGUCAGAAGUGGAAGAUUGGAGUUCCUGGGAUGAAGAUGCACCCACCAGUGUGAAGAUUGAAGGUGGGAAUGGCAAUGUAGCGACACAGCAAAAUCCUCUGGAACAGCUGGAGCCUGACUACUUUAAAGACAUGACACCAACUAUAAGGAAAACACAGAAAAUUAUCAUUAAAAAGAGGGAGCCGUUAAACUUCGGAGUCCCAGAUGGCAAUGUGGGCUUUUCAAGCAGACUAGCAGCUACACAAGAUAUUCCUUUUAUUCACCAAUCUCCUGAACUAGGAGACUUGGAUACCUGGCAGGAAAAUACAAAUGCCUGGGAGGAAGAAGAGGAUGCUGCCUGGCAGGCGGAGGAAGUUCUGAGACAGCAGAAAAUGGCUGACCGAGAAAAGAGAGCAGCAGAACAACAAAGGAAGAAAAUGGAAAAAGAAGCACAGAGAUUAAUGAAGAAAGAACAGAACAAAAUUGGUGUGAAACUCUCAUAACAUUUGCUCUUCAAAUUUGACAGUGCCGGUCGGAGAGAAAUUUUGAGCUAAGCAAUACAGACAUCAUUUGUAUUGGUUUGGAUAUUUUAAGAUCACAGACACGCUGCUUGAUUUGAAUGCAUUUUUCAGAUGAUCCGGGACACCGGAAUUCUCCCACAAAAUAUCUUGAACGGCUAAUACUUGGAUUUAAAAAUAGCUGAUCCUUAUGAGACAAUAUCUUGUUCAGUUGCCCUGUUCCAACAUCCUUCAAAUAUGAAAAAAUGGAUUGCUGCAGAGAAAUUAUUACAAGACAUUCCAGUGUGUCAUCAAGCUUAAGGAAAAAUGGGGUAAAAAAUGUCAGUGGGAAGCAUACUCUGCUGUCUAUUACGCUUACCUUAAGUGUGUGUAAAAAUAAAAUCAAUCCAUUUUAAAUAA